ACCACCACGGAUAGUGUGAGCGUACCGCAUUUGCACCUCCCCCCUCAUCGGAAAGCCACCACAGCCUGCCUUCAUUGAAACGUAUACCUAGAACUGUUAUUAGGGCUUUACUUAUUUCUUGACUGAUAAAAUCUGCCAUAUCCACAAUGAUGCGAAUCGUCUACUGUCCAACAACUUCAUCAGCUUCACUUACUCUACUCAGAGCUGCCAGGCUCGGAUUCUCAUCCUUUCUCUCUAGAACUACUACUUCAGUUGUUUCCUCCUCUCACUCCUCGCCAUCUCUGAUGAAGUACAGAUCCUUAAGUUCUUUUCCUUCUUUCCGAUCCAUUCGGCGGUGGAGUCACGGUGGUGGUGAUUGGCGGUCGCUGGUCAGUCUUAGGGCUCAGAUCAGAUCCGCCGAUCCUGUGAUCGAACGGUUCCAGCAGAAGGUCUCUACUAUGGGUAUGGUGGUUUUGCGAGAUGGUGAGAUAAACAGAGAUACUCUCCUCAGAGCUGCCAGGCUCGGAUUCUCAUCCCCUCUCUCUAGAACUACUGCUUCAGUUGUUUCUUCCUCUCACUCCUCGCCAUCUCUGAUCAAGUACAGAUCCUUAAGUUCUUUUCCUUCUUUCAGAUCCAUUCGGCGGUGGAGUCACAGUGGUGGUGAUUGGCGGUCGCCGGUCAGUCUCAGGGCUCAGAUCAGAUCCGCCGCUCCUGUGAUCGAACGGUUCCAGUGGAAGGUCGCUACUAUGGGUUAUGCCACGUCGUCAAUAGUAGCAAACAUUUUGAAGAGUGGAAUAAUUGGCGAAGCUGCGACAGAAAAGAACAUUGAUUCUGACCGAUUAGGAGUAUUUGAUCGACUUGUGAUAUCUGGGAGGACUUGCUCAGUGUCGGACAUUACAAAAUUGCGAAAGCAACAUUCGUCCUCAAAGUUUUUAAGCUUUGAGGAUUUCAAUGUGUGGUACGCAAAGGUCCCAAAGAAGAUUAGGAAAAACAUGGAAACAUUCAUUAAGGAUCCAGGAAAUGCCUUAUAUAUUGUCAACAACACAUCCGGUACCUUAUUAGAACACCCCGUGAUAUCAUUUUGUUGGGAAAAACCUAUUGCUAACUACCUCAAGGCCAACACGGAUGGCUCACACAAAACAUAUCCCGAUGGUAGUACUUUAGGUGGUGCUGGAUAUGUUAUAAGGCAUACUUCGGGGGAGGUAGUGAGUUUCGGUUUUGUCCCGUUAAGCUUUGCGUUGUCGGGUUUGGAGGCAGAGAUGUCAGCAUUUUAUUUGGUGGUGGUUGAAUGUCAAAGAAUUCGAGCAAGUCACAUAAUUUUUGAGAGCGACAGCAAGCAGAUUGUAAGAGUUCUCACUAGUUCCGAGGCGCCGAAGGAAAAACACGCUGAGUUUUACAGGCAAAUUUUUGGGGCACUAGCAACUUUUGAGGAUUACAAGGUUGUUCACCAGUAUCGAGAAGCAAAUGUUGUUGCGGAUGAGUUGGCGGAGAUUGCAACACAAGUCUACCGCGAUCCAGAAGUACCUGAUUUUGAUCAACUUCUCGAAAAGGCUUAUAAGCAUGAGUUCGAUGAUUGCAUUGACACACCUCGAUAUCGCAUCAAUCAAUGCAAGAAGAAGUUGCAAGAACUAAUUCAGCAUUGCUAACAGUUUCUAUGGUUUGUUGUUGAGUUUGUGGAAAGUUGCUGUAGAUUUUGAAAUUUUGGUUAUGAGUGACAUUGUUAUUGACGAGCUGGCUAAGAUGUGGCAAUCUCUCCUUUGAUGAUAACUUUUCUAUGUUUUCAGGCCCCUUAUGAAAUGUUGUGUAGUCACACUAAGUGUUGUUUAUUGCCUGAUGUAGAGUUUAUUCACUGAAAACUGCUAUUUGAUGAGAUAUGAAAUUUUUAGGUAU